ACAAAGUCUCAAAUAUCAAACACUUUGGUCUCUCUCUUCCAAAUCAUUGAGACAAAACGAAAGAGUUGGUCAUAGCAGCGAACAGGGAAAACCGGAAAAGCCGCUCAGGACUAAGGAACCCGAGUUUGAACGUUGAAAUUGCGUCGCGCGUGUGAGUGUUUUCGAGAGCAAUGUGGUCACAAUCACAAAGCAGCAUCCACUCGUCGGAAUCGGACGCCGUUGAUUGUAACUUGAAGGAGACGGAGCUCACGCUGGGACUUCCCGGUACCAAACGUUCCUUCUCCGACACCGUUGAUCUUCAUCUUGCCACUUCGCUAAAUAAAUCCAAACUCCCAACACCAAAGGAACAAGUGGUGGGGUGGCCGCCGGUGAGGGCAAGCAGGAAGAAUGCCAUGAAGAGUUGCAAGUUCGUGAAGGUGGCUGUGGACGGAGCUCCUUAUCUACGAAAAGUGGAUCUUGAAUUGUACGACAGUUACGAACAUUUGAUGACAGAAUUAGAGACCAUGUUUUGUGGCUUAGACAUUCGCAAUCAUUUGAUGAAUGAGAGGAAACUGAUGGAGUCUGGAAAUGGGAUUGAAUACAUGCCCACCUACGAGGACAAAGAUGGUGAUUGGAUGUUGGUCGGGGAUGUACCAUGGAAGAUGUUUGUUGAAUCAUGCAAGAGGAUAAGGCUUAUGAUUAGCUCAGAGGCUAUUGGCCUAGGUCCGAGAUCUAGUUCAAAAUGUUCGGGUUCCACCUAGAAGAAUAUAUAUUAGUGUAAUAAUAACGAUAAUUAAGCACUUGGAAAGUAUGAUGAAAUAUGUAUCCAUGGUGCUUUUGUAUAUGUCUCCUUUAAUUUAGCAUCUCUUAGUUUAAAAAAACGUAGAACUGAUCUAUAUAUUAGUGAGAAAAUAAAUAAGGGAGGUUGGCAUGUAAUCAAGAUUAUGAUCAUGGAUCGUUAUAAGAGUAAGCUUGUGUAAUGUAUUGUAAUGGCUUUGGCUUUGU